CACCGUCCAAAAUUAGGGCAAAACAUCGCCUUUCUUCUCCCAACCUUUCUUAGCAAUCCUUUUGCCCAGAAAACCCAAUUCUCUCUCUCUGGAGCUGAAGCCGAAGCUCUAGGGCUUUCAUACUUCAACUUGAUUCAGCCUUCUCCGCCUCUAGAGAUUUGUCAAGAUGUACACGUCAAGGAAGAAGAUCCACAAAGACAAGGAUGCUGAACCCACUGAAUUUGAGGAGACAGUUGCCCAGGCAAUAUUUGAUUUGGAAAAUACUAACCAAGAGCUUAAGAGUGAUCUGAAAGACCUUUACAUUAAUUCAGCACUUCAAAUUGACGUAGCUGCAAAUCGCAAAGCUGUUGUCAUUCACGUUCCCUAUAGAUUGAGAAAAGCUUUCCGGAAGAUUCAUCUUAGGCUAGUCAGAGAACUUGAGAAAAAGUUCAGUGGGAAGGAUGUUGUUGUCAUUGCCACCCGAAGAAUAAUGCGACCGCCGAAGAAAGGUUCUGCUGCACAAAGGCCCCGCUCCCGGACUCUUACAUCUGUCCAUGAAUGCAUGCUGGAGGAUGUUGUGUAUCCUGCUGAGAUAGUUGGAAAGCGCAUCAGAUACCGAAUUGAUGGGUCCAAAAUAAUCAAGAUAUACUUGGAUCCCAAGGCACGCAAUGACACCGAGUACAAGCUGGAGACGUUUUCUGGAGUUUAUCGGAAGCUUUCUGGCAAGGAUGUCAUCUUUGAAUAUCCGAUUACAGAGGCUUAAGAUCUGUUGUUACAUGAGAUUUUCCCUGUUCUUGUUUAAGACUCGCAUGAUUCCAUUUUGCUGAAAGUAUUUGCGAUUUUGUUGCAGAGAUUUGGAUAUGAGGUUUUUUUUUUCCGUGUAUGACCGGGGAUUAAAGUUACUACUUCCUUGUCUUGGUUAAAUUGUCGGGAAAUGUGAUUGUUGAAAGCUUAAUACUUCUGUGAGAAGUAAAGUUUUUGUUCUCUUUCCAGCCGGAAAA